GUAUGUGAAAACUUACCUCCUGCCAGAUAAGACAAAACAGAGCAAACGUAAAACUAAGGUGAAGAAGAACACCACCAAUCCUGUGUUUAACGAGUCGUUGGUAUACAACAUCACAAAGUCGGAUUUGGCCUAUCGAACUCUUCAGCUCUCCCUGUGGCACCAUCGUCACAUGAAGGCAAACCUCUUCCUGGGCGAAGUGCUCGUUCCUUUGGCCGACUAUAGAUUCAGCUCUACGCAAAUCUGGAGGGCUCUGCAGAACAGAGUAAGCCCAACAGUUGUCCUCACUUCCCAUGAUAAUAGUGUCAAGUUUAUUCAGUGA